AAGCUGUUAUUAUUUUUUAGUGAACAUUAGAAAAUUUUACUUCGUAUAUUUGUCCCACCUAAGUUUACUUAAGUUUUAAUUCAUAAAAUCGAGAAAAGCGGCGUAUCCUAACAUAGUAUGACCGCAUGUAAUGCUUUACGUUCAUAACAGCAUUACACGGUCCUACAUCCAACUUCCAAUUGGAAAUGUAAAUAAAUAAACAUAUAGAACAAAAUUAGGAUAAAAUAAUAAUAAACAUGCUGCGUUUGGGAUCUCAAAUGUGCCGGAAAGUUGCCUUCAACAUGCAGACAGUAUCCCGAAUACCAGGCAGCAGGAAUACACAAAAACUGGUGACUAGAAAGAUGACACAACAGCGAUCGCCGGUGGACUGGACAACAAGUAUUCCCAAUAAGGCGGCAAAGGACAAGGAAAAGAUUGCUCCUUUGGGAUGGUUCCUCCUGCUUAUUCCCGCCACUACUUUUGGCUUGGGCUGCUGGCAAGUGAAGCGCAAGAUAUGGAAGGAGCAGUUGAUCAAGGAUCUUAAUAAGCAACUAAGCACGGCUCCUGUGGCUUUACCAGAAGAUCUCAGUGACUUAACCCAAAUGGAGUACCGUCUGGUCAAAAUCCGCGGACGUUUCCUUCAUGAAAAAGAGAUGAGAAUGGGUCCAAGAUCACUCAUACGACCCGAUGGUGUAGAGACUCAAGGAGGACUCUUCUCACAGAGGGAUUCAGGCAAUGGUUACCUAAUAGUGACCCCUUUUCAGCUGGCGGAUAGAGACGACAUAGUCCUUGUGAAUCGAGGGUGGGUAUCCCGCAAACAAGUGGAGCCGGAAACGCGUUCUUUGGGUCAACAGCAAGCAGAGGUCGAACUUACAGCUGUGGUGCGCAAGGGAGAAGCCCGUCCUCAGUUCACACCUGACCACAAAGGCAAUAUCUACCUUUAUCGCGAUCUGCCACGGAUGUGUGCCUCUACAGGAGCUGCUCCCGUAUUUCUAGAUGCGGUCUAUGAUCCCCAUGCAGCUAAUAAUGGUCCAAUUGGUGGCCAGACCCGAGUUACCCUUCGAAAUGACCAUCUGUCGUAUCUUGUGACCUGGUUUAGCUUAUCGGCGGCCACAUCCUUCCUUUGGUACCGUCAAAUAGUCAAGAGGAUUCCCUUCUAAAGGGCCCCAAAAAUCAAACAAACUGUUGUUAUUUUUAUAAAAUUUACAUGUUCUCGUGUAAA